AUGUCCCAACCAACGCAGCUUACGGUUCUGGACACAUUCUUCAAUGGAGCAGCCCACAAUGUGACAACAAACAGUCCAACGUGGACCAGUUUUGUGACCAGCACGGCAAUUACGUGUAACGCAGAUACGGUUCAAAUCACAUGUCCACCAAGAAUGCACAUACAACCAGUGUCAGUGAACGCGCACCCCGAAAUACCUCCACCGCUUUCCAUUCCGGGGACUGUCAGUCCUAAGUGCUUCUGGAGCGAGGGCGAACGAGGCACAUAUAAUCAGAUCUAUCGCAGGUACAGCUCCAAGUGUCUUCGGACAGAUGCGCAUAUGCACGUCCGGCAUUUUUGUGAAGGUCGCUACUCGUGUAAUAUUUUGGGAAGUCAACUGCAGGACAACAGUACCGACUGCGCGAAACACAAUUUCCCCAUCCGGAUCGAUUACCAGUGUCUUCCAGAUUCGGAUACAACCCUGUUCGAGGCAAUUUGCGCGGAUACCUACAUGGAAGUGAAGUGUGAUGGACGUUCUCUCGCAGUCGCCGUACUCGCCGCGCGAUUAGAACAGAAGAUUGAUCAGCUGGCUGGCAGUCAACGGCCUGGAUGUCAAACCGUUCCCGGUGAUGGAUUGAACAUCAAGUGUCAAACGUCGUUUGAUGUGGCCGAAUCACUGCAGCUUGCAUGCAACGGACAAUCUUCUUGCUCCAUCAGUCCAAACACGGUUGGAGCAAACGGAAGGCAGCCAGGAACAUGCGGGAAGAUGCAUCUUAGUCUUACCUACGUUUGUGUUCCACCAGAAUGGAUUGUGAUGAACAAACAAUCCGUGCAACUCUCGGAACCAAAGAAACGCAGCAAAACACAAAGGCUACCCAAGGGUGCCAUUUCCAACAAGUUACUGACCAACCCAGAAGAGACUAGACACAGCCGAUACAAAAUGAAUGACCAAACGAACCAUAAACCAGACACCGCAGAAGAUGAUGAGGAAAUGAGCCAAGAUGUCCGUAAAACUCCAGCGGCUGAACCAAACGCACGCGAUUCAAAUCCACAGCAGUUGACAAGUGCAGUCAAACUCGGCUCCGCGAAGAAUAUUUUCCAACCCCUGUUUAUCGGUCUCGGAGUUGGUGCUGCAAUACUUCUGUUAGGGUUGAUUAGUUUGAUUGCAUUUUGUCAAAACCAUCGCAUUCCUACUCAGCGACUAAAGCAAUCGCAUGAUGACCCAAAGAGGCAUCAGAAAUCGCCGGGCAAUCGCACCUGUUCUUCAAGUUGUAAUUCCACAUGGCACAAGCAUUCAGUGAGUUGUCCACACGACCACCACUGGGCUGAACUGAACCGUCAUUGUCAUAGCUGUCUGCUUCAGGACGAGACAAGGCCACAAUGCUCACCAGUGGAACUUUCUUGUGCGGAAAAUGACCUGCAGCCAAGCGCGCCGUUUUCGAACAUGCAGGAGAGCUAUCUGCACCGUCACCACAGUCCAUUUUGCAAUCCCACCCCAACACCAAAUUUGUCUCUACCUGUCACCCAACUGUCGGGGAACGGCUCACAGAUGACAGCAGAGGGUUUCGUCUCGAACACUCCAGAUAUACAGUAUAUGAUGACUAUUCGAGCGGAGAAUGUCCCAAACGAAACCACAAACCCGUUCAUCUUGGAUCAGUAUUCGAUUAACCAGUCAAACAGUAGCAGCUCGGGUGUUGGGCUGAAUGGUACUCCUAUUGGAUACGGGGCACCUUUUUCAAUGAAUCUCAGUUCGAUUGCAUCGACGGAUCUUCGAAACAACCGUUUCGAUUCAAGCCUUUAUUCCGGCAAUCCGGUUAUGAAAUGCCUAUCGGCAGGUGGAAGUUCCUCCGGACGAGGUUGUGACGGUGGAAGCGGAGUGAGCGAGACUAGUGAAGCAGUUCAGUGCAACCCUCAAAGUUUCAAGCAGUUCUAUUCGGGACCGUAUCCCGGAAUUCCCGUGCCAGUUCAAUAUAGUCCACGAGUCUUUGGAAAGGCUUUUCCUGAUACCCAGGAGUCUGGUUUGACCAUGCCUGUGGAGUCUUCAACCGCCUAUUCCAUCAUGAAUUCGUGUUGUUUGCCCGAAUACCAGCACUACCUUCACAAAUCCUCUGUUCCAGAGUCCGACUACGGACAGUCGAUAGCAAGCGCUCAUUCAUCUGUAUCAGGCGUUAGCAAGCAAUGUUCCAACGCUCCAGUUCGUCGACCAAGUUUUCGUACGGCACUAGAUAUCAAACCCGGCCUGACUUCAACGCUACGGAGUGACAAACAUGGCGAGGAGAAUGAAAUGAGCACACGUUUUGUAGCCCUGACACCAGACCCUUCCAAACAAGCUCAAUACAAUGGAACGCAGUACAGCUUGGUUCGCAGGCAGAGUCAACGCAACCGAUAUUCCCCGAUCGCCGAUGAAGACGAGCGAGCCAUGACCUCAACCACGAACCGAACUCCAUCGAUGGAAAGUUUGACAGAACCGUUGUUAGAGCCUCCAACCAAUUUUAGGACAACCCCGGUUAGACAUUCGAGCGAUUUUGAAUGUCCAAACCAAAUACAGGAGAGUACAUCGGAUGACCAGGAUAGGUCAAUCACCAAGCCACCCGACGUGGUAUUAAAGACCAAAAAUUCAUCCAACUUCGCGCAGUUUGAUGACACUGAGUUGCCUCCUCCACCAAUCGCACCGCUGAGGGUGUUAUCGACCGCAUCCAACAGAAUUCCGGUGUCUUCAGACUCCCGGAUACAUAUGUGGAGAUGACAGUGAUAUCAAUAUCCUGACGGUUACACUUGAUUUUGCACAAUUUUGUGAAAUAGCCGCUAAAUUUUCUCCCUGCCACCAAAGUCAUUUUUCAAUUUUGUUUCCUUGUUCACAAGUUGUCCGAAGUUGCGUAAUGUCAACUUGUCUGAGUCUAAUUCAUGGCAGAUUUUGUUCACGCUGAUAUGGAAGUCAAACAAACCCAGCGAAGUUUUGUACAUACAGUUAGGAGAAAACGACCCGUAUACAUGUAUAUAGC